AUGGCUGUCCCCACCGAGCAGCCUAUCGAUACCCCUCCUCGGGCGCCCUCUCCCGUCCACAACUUCGGCACUCUCGCCGUCCACGCUGGCUCCCCUCAUGACCCCGUCACCGGCGCCGUCAUUGAGCCCAUCUCGCUGUCCACGACCUUCGCCCAGACCAGCGUCGGCAAUCCCGUAGGCGUCUACGAGUACUCGCGCUCUAGCAACCCCAACCGUGACAACUUCGAGCAGGCCGUGGCCGCCCUCGAGCACGCAAAGUACGCACUUGCCUUCUCCUCCGGCUCCGCCACCACCGCCGUCGUUCUCCAGUCCCUUGCCGCCGGCUCCCACGUUAUCUCCGUCUCGGACGUCUACGGCGGCACCCACCGCUACUUCACUCAGGUCGCGAAGGCCCACGGCGUCAAGGUCACCUUCACCCCCGAGAUCGAGGUCGACAUCUCGGCUCACAUCACGCCCGCGACCAAACUCGUCUGGAUUGAGAGCCCCUCGAACCCUACCCUCCGCCUCGUCGACGUCCGCGCCGUCGUCACCCAGGCCCACCAGCACGGCAUUCAGGUUGUCGUCGACAACACUUUCCUCUCCCCCUACGUCCAGAAUCCCCUCGACUUUGGCGCCGACAUCGUCGUCCACUCCGUCACAAAGUACAUCAACGGCCACUCCGACGUUGUUAUGGGCGUCGCCGCCUUCAACUCGGACGAGCUCAAGAAGCGCCUCGGCUUCCUCCAGAACGCCAUCGGCGCCGUCCCCUCCCCCUUCGACUGCUGGCUCGCCCACCGCGGCAUCAAGACCUUGCACCUCCGCGCCCGCGAGGCAUCCCGUAACGCAACUGCCGUUGCCACCGCCCUUGAGGCUUCUGAGAACGUCAUCGCUGUCAACUACCCUGGCCUUGACUCUCAUCCCCACCGCGCCAUCGCCAAGAAGCAGCACCGUGAUGGCAUGGGUGGUGGCAUGCUCUCCUUCCGUAUCAAGGGCGGCCACGCUGCCGCCGAACGUUUCUGCCAGCUCACCCGCAUCUUCACCCUCGCCGAGUCUCUUGGCGGCGUCGAGUCCCUCGUCGAGCUCCCCAGCAGCAUGACCCACGCCGGCAUCCCCAAGGACCAGCGCGAGGCCGUUGGUGUCUUUGACGACCUCGUCCGCAUCAGCUGCGGUGUUGAGGAUGCCGAGGACCUGCGCCGUGAUGUGCUUCAGGCCCUUGACAAGGCUGUCGCCGAGCAGAAGAAUGGCACCAACGGUCACUAG